AUGUUCUCGGUCGCUCUCGUUCGACGGCUUGCUGGAACGCGUGUUCCUCUCCUUGCUCGUGGUUAUGUCGCAGCUCCUCAAAAUCUCUCCGAAGGCGAGAACACAAUCUACGCGAAAUUGACAGAAAAAUUCUCGCCAUCCGAGUUGCAGGUGCAGGAUGUCUCAGGAGGAUGCGGGACAUUCUAUCAGAUAAUUAUUGCAAGCGAGGCCUUCAAGGGCGUGUCCACAGUCAAGCAGCAUCGGAUGGUCAACGAAGUUCUGAAAAAGGAAAUAGAAGGCAUUCAUGGAUUACAGGCAAGUGCAUUUUCUCCCUCCAGCUGCACUUCGGAUUCCACGUAUAAAUAUUUUAGCUCAAGACUAGUGCUGUGUAAUCAUGGGCCCACUGAACAGGUGAGUUCUAAGGAGCUUUCUUGGGUACAAUCUACCCUCUAA